AUGUCAGCCAUUUGCUUCGUGUGUAACCUGCCCAUCCUGAGCCACCAGGUGGGUCUGGUGUGGGAGGGAGGCAAUGGCUACGACGAGCUGGCGAGCGAGAGUUCGUCCCCGCGGCCCCGCGUGGGUCGCAGGGACUCCUCCGCCCAGAUCACCACCAUCGAGCCCCCGAGGGAGGUGCGGGAGACCUCCCCUCCCACGUCCCGCAGGCGGCGGUCUUCCCUGGCGCAGCUCACCGACCUCCUUCGCGACUGGGGCCGCCGGGAGCCGGCUGAGCAGCGCUCCACCAGCACCUGCACGUCGACCACCAGCACCCCCGUGGGGCCUCUCACGCGCAGGGAGAGCCGCGACCUCAGCCGGCGGGAGUCCCUCGCUGACAUCGCCAAGUCCUUGCCGUGGCGUCGCAAGGAUUCGAUCGUGGAGGUGCCGCGCAUCAAGACACGCCGCGAGUCCUCUGCGGAGAUGAAGAAGCGAAGGCAGAGCGGCACGGACAUCCGCACCGACAUCGUCAAGUUCCUGGCCCGGAGGGAGAGCGUCGCGGAGAUCCUGCGGCGGCGGAGGGAUUCCCUAGAGCACGAGAAGAAGGAGAGGCGCGACUCCACCACGCAGGUGUACACGCGGACCAGCCGCAACAGCGUGGACAAGACGGCGUCUCCGGACCGGCCGGAGAUCCAGUCCCCGCGCAUCAUCUCCUCCCCCGAGCCCCGCGACCUCGUGCCCAGGCCCAUCGUCACCACGCAGGUGUCGGGCGAGUCGCACGUGUCGCAGAACUCGCUCUCCUCACAGAUGUCGACGGGCGGCAAGGACCAGGCGGAGCCGGGCAUCUCGGAGCCCAAGUCUCCUGUGUCUUCCCCCGCGCCCUCGUCCCCCACCACCGCCAUCAGGAGGGACUCCACCACGCAGAUCUACCGCGGGAGGAGGGACUCGCGGCCCCAGGUGUCGCCGGAGCGAGGCGGGGGGAGAGGGAGUCGCGAGCCGUCGCCGAAGUUCCGUGGCCUCAGACGGCAGUCCACCGCCAUCGAGGAGGGCUUGCCCCUCCCGGGCUCCCGUCGGGGCUCGCGGCCCUUCCUCUCCCCCGACGGCCCGGAAACCGACGGCAUGUCCAGGAAGUGUCGCCGGGACUCGCUUUCGCCGGACUCCGCCGCGGUGGAGGAGCUGUCCCUGGGCAGGAAGGGCCGGCGCGACUCGCGGCCACACCUCUCCCCGGAGGCCAGCGACUCGAACUCCCGCGAGACUUCGCCAAGGAGCAGGCUGAGGCGGCAGUCGACGACGGCGGCGGAGUACUGCGGGCGAGGCCGGCGGCCCUCGCGCUCGCCGCGCUCGCCCGACUCCUCCUCGACGUGCUCCUCCAGGGAACACUCGCCGAAGGAGAUCGGGUUGCGGCGUCAGUCCACCACGGAGGAGAUCCUGCUCUCGCGGGGCUUCCGGCGCCAGUCGACCACCGAGGACAUCAUGCGGGCCAGGAACUUCCGGCGCCAAAGCACGCAGAGCGAAGAGAUGUCCAAGUCGCGGGGGCGGAGGGACUCGAGUGCGCAGAUCACGGACGGGACGCUGGCCACCAUGACCGUGGAGACCUCGUGCGCCUUCUUCGACACGUCCACGCAGACAG